AUGUUACACAUUGUAACUGUCUUGUUUCCGUCUGUUACACAAUGCAACCAUCUUGCUUACAUCUAUCGAGCUCGAACACCAGCGAAAAUAUACACUAGUCCUGGUCACCUGAUUACGUUUGGCUCUCCGAGAUCUCCCGCAUCGUCGUCCAGCUUGUCCCAUCAGCCUAGAUCCUUGUCCACCUCGAUGAGCUCAGAAACUGCCAAGAAACGAAUUUGGGAAGACACUACACCGACAACAUCCGGCAGCGGGACAACGUUGUCUCAUCGUUUAUCUUCAGAUAGUCCCUUACAUAUUCUGGGUCUUUCAGAGACAUCGGGUUACAAACCUAACAUUAGCUUUAGUGACGAUAGUGUAACUGCCAACGCCACAGUUGGCAAUCACAUGCGCCCCAGCUGUGACGAUAAACACGAUUCUCUGACGAUUAGAACAGACAUCUCAGACGGCUCUCGCCGACAGACCAGUUAUUUACCCACAGUGGAGAAAUUCGUGGAUGUGAAGCAUAACUCCCCAACCACUGCCUCAAAUCUAACCUCAACUCAGCGCCAUAAAUUAUCACCAUCUAUUCUUUCGGACACGUCGCUAACGGCAAACCUCUCCAGAAUUCCAGUUGAGGACUCGUCCACAAGGCACGGGAUGUUCGUGGACAGUGUCAUCCUUUCAGAACCUACACGAACUGCUCGGUCGACAAAAUACGUACACAGACAUCCGGUGUCAGAAACAGGCAGCAGUAACGUUAAUGAUCUCUCAAACAAUGGCACUGGCGGCAGAUCCUGUAACAGGCCGACAGAUCAUUCAAACAACAGAUCUGUCAAUGUAUCCAAAAUCGGUCUGCAUGGGAAAUCAUCACAGAGAACGCCCGUAAAUGACACACAGAACACUUUGAUGGGGGAAGGGUAUUCUCUCGGUGACGUGCACGAUGUUCUGGAUGAGGCCAGCACGGUUGGAACUCACCGGGACGACGACAACACGACAACAACAUCUGGGAGCUAUACAAUCAACGCCGACGACUUGCGUCAAGAGAUAGACCAGCUCUUCUUUAACGAUGUCGUUGUGUAG